AAACCAAUCCAGAAUAUUCUAUUUUUUUAGAAAAAUGGAGAUCUCUCUGACACAAGGGUCUGUAGAUUUAAAAGGACGAAUCCCCGCUAUUAUUUCCCUGAAAUUGAAACAGCAAAACCCUUGAAAUUAACAGCCCUAUUCGAGCUGCUCCCAUGGAUCCGCCGCCGCCAGAGGCCGUCUACUACAUCUGUGGAGAUUGUGGGAUGGAGGUUCAGUUGAAGUCCAAUGACGUGAUUCAGUGCCGCGAGUGCGGUUACCGUAUCUUAUACAAGAAGCGUACUCGCCGCAUUGUUCAGUACGAGGCGCGCUGAAGAACCCAGGCGGGGUUCUCAGCAUGGCUACAGAUGACGUGAAUGAUAGAUGGCGCUUGUUAAAUAGCGCCAUGUUUUAUACAACUUGUACUGUACUAACUCGAAAUAGCCCAAUCGGGCAAGGUGUGUAAUAAACGCAGCCUUUAGCGGCAUUGAGAUUCGGGUUGGCAAAUAUUCAUUUCUUUCAAGAUUUCUCAAUUUUUGUUUCUUAAUUCAGUAUGUUAGCAACAUACCCGUCGAUUAUGUAUCGAGCAUUAUAUUUGAAGGGAAAUGAAUGAUUUGCACACCCCAUUC